AGCUGUAAAAGGUGACUACAAAUAGUGUCACAGAGACACAUAGAAUAUCAGAAUUUAUCUGACACAUCAUCAUGUUCCUUCGCACCCUCGUUGCCCUUUGCCUUGUUUCUGCCAUCAGCUCCAUCACCUUGCAACUCUGUCAAGAGUUCUGUGCUGGUGUCAAUGGUGGUGAAUCUUACGCAUUCUGCUCUCCAUGGAUCAGUUUUGCCACUCACAGAAACAAGACUUGCUACAAUCUCUGUGUUCAUAACUGUGCUGCUGUCUAUGAUGGUUCCUGCACAACUGAUAAAGACUUCAGAUGCUGCUUGAAAACUACUCCAGCCAAGAAACAAGAAUUCAAGAUGAGUGGUUGCAACAAGCUUUACAACAAUCUUUAAAUGAGUUCUCUGUUUGUUUUUCUUCAGUCAUUUUAAUUAAAAAAGAGUAAACCGUGAAAUAUGU